AAAAAUGAUCAAAUCCCACAGCUAAUCGCAAACGACCCUCAAUUGUAGACAGCAUUAAGAUCAGGGUGGUGGCCAAGCUGGAAGACGUGACGGUGGAGCUGCAGAACGACAAGCGGUCCAUCGCUGUGAUGGAGGUUCAAAAUCUAACCAGCAGUGCCGUCGUCAAGACGUCGUACACCGAAGUCACCGUCCGUCUGCAGGACAUCAUUCUGACCGACACCAAUCCGGCGACGAUUCACACCAAGAUCCUCUCGAUCAUUGGCGACAACGCGCUCGAGGUGAAGGUCGUCCUGUUCGAUCUGGAGGCCACUUCGGACUACAACUCGGACGACAUGCGCAUCGAGGUGACGAUGGGUUGCGCCCGGAUCGUGUUCCUCAACUGGUUCGUGACUUCGGUGCUCGCCUUCCUGGACAACUUCCAGGCGGCCCAGCAGCGCAUCAAGGACGCCAGUGCGGCGGCGGCCGAAGCUGCCAAAAACAGUGCCGUGGAAGCGUACAGCAAAGCGACCCGCAUGAAGCUGGACAUCAAGGUGAAGGCGCCGAUCAUCGUCAUUCCGGUGGACUCGCGCAGCCUCAAAGCGGUCGCGAUGGAUUUUGGCCACCUCAGCAUCACCAACAACUUCCGGGACAUUGCGACCGAGAACAGCCACGGGCCGGCCGUGAUCGACGAGAUGAAGAUCGAGCUGAAGGACAUGAAGCUGUCCAAGGUGGACGUCUGUCCGUCGGAAAUGGGCAACCUGUCGCACGUGUCCAGGUACGGCUCGGAGGAGAUUAUCUACGGCAUCGUGCCCGACCAGAGCGCGGUGCUGAGUCCGACCAGCUUUGCGUUGAUCAUGAAGCGGAACCUUUCCUCGGGGUGGUACCGGGAGCGACCGGAUUUGGACAUUUCCGGGCGGCUGAAGGCGGUUGAGCUCAAUUUUAUCGCCACCGAUUACAGCGUAAUCAUGCAAAUCCUUUCGAAGAAUAUGACCGAAGGCCAGGACGAGUUUAAAAAGGCCGAGGUCAAGCUGGAGAAGUCACCGACGAGUCCACAAAUCACUGAUUAUACUUGUUCCAACGCUGACAAUUCUGCUACUGAUGGUAAAACAACCUGGUCUUCCGUAGCCAAGAAAGCUACCGCAAAACCGUUCGGGUUGGACGUGGCGGAACUGCGCGCCAAGCAGGAAGCGGCCGCCCGCGAGAAGGAGGAAGCCGCCAAGCAGAAGUUCGACACGUUUCUCAAGUUUAGCUUCCAGAUCGACAGCAUCAACAUUAAGCUGUUUACGGCUCCGGGCGAAGGCCUAGCCGGGUUCGAGAUAUUCUGCCUGUCAUUGCAAGGCAAAAAGCUGACCGACGGGUCGCUCAACACGGCCAUCAUCCUGUGCGACAUCCGGCUGGACGACAUCCGCCCAAACAGGGAGAACAUGCUGACCCGGCUGAUGGAGCGGCGCUCGACGGCCGAGGCCAACAUCAGCAUUCUGAGCGGGCGCAGUGACGAUGCGGAAACGGCCGCCCUGACGGCGCCGCUGCACUCGAUGAUCGACGUUACGUUCAACAUGAAGGAGAACGACAUGUUUGCCGACGUGAAGGUUUCGAGCUUCAAUCUGAUCCUGUCGGUGGACUUUUUGCUCAAGAUUCAGCAGUUUUUGCAACCGGAAGAGCUGGUCGAGCAGAAGGCGCUGCAGGCGGCCGAGGAGCAGGCUCGCAGGGAGCGCAAGACCAGCACGUCGAAUGUCCCCGCGGAGAAAUCCGAACCAGGUCAGAUGACGGUGAUUAUUAAAAUCGAACAACCGGACAUUAUUCUGGUGGAGAAGAUGGACGACAUCAACUGCUACGCGUUGAUUUUGAACAACGAAAUUCAACUGAACGUGCGGCUGAUCGGCGAGCGGCAAAUCAUCAAGGGUGAACUGAAGGAUCUCUGUCUGUAUUACGCCGAGUUCAACCCGGAGCGUCGCAACGAUACGAAGCACUUUGUGAUCCAUCCGUGCUCGAUCAGUCUAAACGGAUCGACGCCCGAGGGCAAGGGACUGCAUCUGGGGCUGAACACGACCAAGAUCAAGAUAAGCGUGUCGCCGGCCGUGAUUGAACUGAUCAACAACGCGCUAAUGACGCUGACCGCGAACGAGCAGGUCAAGCUGGACGAAACGCAGAAGACGGUCAACUAUAGCGAUCUGUGGGACAUCAAGGACUACAAUCCGGACGAUUUCUGGUUCAUCAGGCCGGAAAUGGCAGAGGAUGCGCUGAGUUUGGAGUCGGUUUGCCGCGAGAUUAAGGAGGAAAAGUGCAUGGUCGAAGUGCCGUCGAUUUCGUUGAUCAUCGAAACCGGGCUGGGCAUCAACACGAUCCCGAUGCUGUUCAUCGAGACGAACAUGCAGGCGGAGGUGUCCAACUGGAGCUCGGAAAUGAAGAUCAACAGCUCGUUGCGGCUUAGCAUGUCGUACUACAACCAAGCGCUGGCCUUGUGGGAGUAUGUGAUCGAACCAAACGAGGUGGAAUUGCCGAAUGGGAACGUUGAGCACGUUCCUUGGGAGCUGACGCUUGAGUUAGAGGUCGAUCACCACGAGGAUCGUUCGCGGGAUCCAACGACUCGAAUCAACGUCGGUUCGCGAGACAGCUUAGAGAUGAGCGUUACGAAGACUUGCUUGGACGUGUUCCAGAACCUGGGUAAAGCAUUUUCCGAAGCGAUCAAGCGUGAAGGUAUCGUCAAGACGGAGACACAAGCACCGUACAUGGUUCAAAACGACACCGGCCAGGACAUCAAGAUCAACUUUGUGGGAAGUGAUUUCGUCAUUCAGGCGAGCCAUUUGCAGUCGGGUCGCGAAGACGAACUGAUCGCGAUCGAGCAAACCGGCAGCCAGGAAGUAACGAGCUGUAUCGUGAUGCCAAACGGACGGCUGAAUCUGGAACCGCGUGAAAAGGACAACGAUCUGUCCAUGGUGACAGUCAUGCAGGACAACGAAAACAGCGCGACGCACAAAUUCCUCAAGGUGAUCGUGGGCGACACGGAGAAGGAACUGACCCUGCCCGUUUACAAAUCUGACAAGCGGUACUUCCCGCUGUACCGGAAAACCGACCAAGAACCUUGGGCCAUCAUCUCGGAGGUCAAGAUCGAACACGGCACCACUGUGGUCGUGCUGCGAGGCAUCGUCCAAAUCUACAACCACUUCACUGCCCCAAUCUACGUGCAUCAGUUCGUCGAUCACGAAAAGUACCUCGUCGGAGAGGUCCGCUCCGGAGGAUUCUUCAACGUCCCGCUCUACUUCCUGUACAGCGACUUCAAAGAGCUGCACUUCUCCAUGAAGGGCUACCACUCGUCAGCCCAGGGCAUCAGCUGGAAAGAAUCCCCCAACCACACCGAACUGAUCAAAUCGCUCCAGUGCGAUCCGAUCAAAACCUUCGAACCGUUCCAUAUAAACGCCGUCCGCGAACGGCACGACGUCUUUCACGAGGUCACCUCGAAGCACACGAUGCUGAGCGCCUGCUACGAGAUCCACCUGCGGCCGCCGCUCAUGCUGCGCAACGCCCUCCCAAUCGGGCUGACCAUUUCCGUGGCCGGUUGCUCGGUACGACGCGAACUGGACGCCGACCUGGUCACCAGCACCGAGAGCCUCUCGAACGCCUCGACGAUCGUCGGCGAGGACUACCUGGACUAUGGCGAGAAGCUUUUGCGGCCGGGCGAACUGCUGCAUCUGCCAACGGUGAAGACGGCCGCUCGGACGGCCACCGAGACGACCUACAUUGUGGCGAGGCUGGUCAACUACCUGGAGAAGGACUGGUCCUGCACGACGGAGAUCCCGGCCCAACCGCCGGAGUUUGGCGUGUGGACGUUCAACGCGUACGACUCGGUGGAGGUGAUGUCACUGCAGCUGGGUGUGAAGUACGAGAGCCGCACCGACGGGUUGACGCUGAUUGUGUACUGUCCGUUCUGGAUGCUCAACAAGACGGGACUGAUGCUGAGCUAUCGGGUACGAAGAGCAAGAAUUUGUGAGAAGCUUUCGGCGAUCAGCUGUGGGUCCAGAGCGCAAAAACCCAACGACGAAAACACCAACAUCCUGUACCACCCGCCCGAGUACGACGGGCCGAUCCUGUUUUCGUUCCGCGAGAAGGUCUUCUUCGGCAAGAAGAAGGCCGCCAUCCGGGUGGACACGGGCGAGUGGAGCGAAAAGUUCUCGCUGGACGUGGCCGGCUCGAGCGGGGUGAUUGCGUGCCAGGCCAACAACAUGACCUAUCAGAUUGGUGUUCACAACACGUUGACGCACAACUCGCUGACCAAGCAGAUCGUGUUUAUGCCGUACUUUAUUCUGAUCAACCGGGCUGAUUUUGAUGUGGAGGUGCAGGAACAUUUGCGCCCGGGUGAUCCCUGGACCAGGGUGAAGGUGGAAGACUGCGUUCCACUGUGGCCCAAGACGGAGGAGAACCGGAUGUUGCGGGUUCGGGCGGUGAACAGUACGCAGAUUACGGCCCCGUUCAAGUACACCGAAGUGCAGUGUACGCUGCUGCAGCUGAAGAACCGGUACGGAGGCAUUAAUGUGGACGUGCACGUGACGGAGGGCGCCAUCUACAUUACGUUUACCGGGUACCAUGCGGGUGACGCUCCGGCGCUGUUGAUUAACCACACUAGCGAAGAGUUUGCCUUCAAGGAGAAGGGCGAUGUGAACGGGAAGAUUUUGAUGCCCAGUCAGAUGGUUCUGCACACGUGGAUCAACCCGGCUGGUGAUCGGAAGAUCGUCUGGGACAGUGGCUCCAAGCUGGUUUCGAUCGAGAACGAUCUGCGCCGGGACGACAUUAGCGAGUUCAAAUCGCCCACGGACAAGGACAUCUUUUGGGUGUCCUUCCUCAACGGAACUCAGCGCGUUCUGCUGAUAACCGACAACGCCAACAUUGCGUACGAAGUGCACAGUUCCAGCCGGCUGGACCAGGUCACGCAAGAAAUCAAGCUGGAAAUCCACGGCGUCGGCCUGUCCCUCGUCAACAACAGCAAACAGUGCGACCUGAUGUACAUCGGAAUCGCCAGCUCCGGCGUCAUCUGGGAGGAACGCAAACGGUCCGGCCGCUUCAAGCAGAUGAAAAUCCAGGAAACCUACUCCAUGGAAAGCUCCUUCCAGCAGUACCUCCGCGAUCAGGAAAUUGGCGCCUCAGCCAGCAAAAAGUACUUCCUCGAAGGAGAGAAACGCAUCGAAAUCGACUUCACGCGAAACAUCGUCAAAAAAUCAACCGAACGUGACAUCCGCCGAACCUUUUACCCCGGCCUCUGGUUCGAGAUCAAAUCGUCCUCGCAUCAGCUUCAAUUCCACGCCAAAAUCAACCGCAUCCAGAUCGACAACCAGCUCACCGACUGCAUCUUCCCCGUCGUUCUCGCCCCAAUCCCACCCCCGAAGAGCGUUGCGGCGACCACCGAGUUUAAGCCGUUCAUCGAGAUGAGCAUGGUGCAGCGCAUCAUUCCGCACUCGAACGUGAAGCAGUUCAAGUAUCUGCGCGUGCUGAUGCAGGAGUUCCACGUGAAGGUGGACCUGCUGUUUAUCAACGAGAUCUUCGAGAUGAUCAGCUCAGAGACGACGGAGGCGGAAGCGAAAACGCUGUUCGCCGAAGACCUCAAGGUACAAACGCAACCGCUGCACGCCCACGUCGCCAUCCAGUCCCAGGCGGAGGUGAAGAACUUUUACGACAACCUGCACCUCGGUCCGCUCAAGAUCCACGUCAGCUUCUCGAUGGCCGGCUCGGAGUCGAAGGCGCUGCCCGGCAUCCUGUCGACGAUCCUGCAGGGCGUGGGCGUCACGCUGACCGACAUUAACGACGUGGUGUUCCGGUUGGCGUUCUUCGAGCGGGAGUUUCAGUUUCUGACGCAGCGCCAGCUGGUGUCUGAGUGCGUCACGCAUUACAGCGGCCAGGCCGUGAAGCAGCUGUACGUGCUGGUGCUCGGACUGGACGUGAUUGGGAAUCCGUACGGGUUGGUCGUUGGGUUUACCAAGGGUGUGGAGGAUUUGUUCUACGAGCCGUUCCAGGGGGCGAUUCAGGGCCCCGGCGAGUUUGCCGAAGGUUUGGUGCUGGGCGUGAGGUCACUGUUUGGCCAUACCGUUGGUGGGGCUGCCGGAGCGGUUUCCAAAAUAACGGGUGCCAUGGGCAAAGGCCUGGCGGCGCUGACCUUCGACGAUGACUACCAGAAGAAGCGUCGGGACGCGCUCAACAAGAAGCCGGCCUCGCUGCAGGAGGGAAUCGCUCGCAGCGGCAAGGGCCUGGUGAUGGGCGUGUUUGACGGAGUGACGGGUGUGUUUACGAAGCCCAUCAGCGGAGCCAGAGAGGACGGCGUCGAGGGCUUCUUCAAGGGACUGGGCAAGGGUGCGGUCGGACUGGUGGCUCGGCCCAUUGCCGGCGUAACGGAUUUCGCCAGCGGUAGCUUCGAUGCGGUCAAGCGGGCCACCGAGCUGUCGGACGAGGCGUUCCGGUUGCGGUCGCCACGGUUCCUGCACAAGGACGGCAUCGUGAGGCCGUACAACCGGAAGGAAGCCGAGGGGAACAAACUGCUGAAGGAAAUCGACAAGGGCAAGUUCACCGCGUCGGACACCUUCGUGUACUACGAGUCGAUCGUGGACGGCAAGGACGUGGUCGUGCUGACCGACUGCCGGCUCAUCUACGCCACCAAGAGUGACCUGUUUGGGGGGUGGCAGUGCGAGUGGACCCACCGCUGGACGGAACUGCUGAGCGUGUCGGUGGUGAACGACGGCGUCGAGCUGGUGCUGCGCGCCAAGGACAACAAAUCCGCCCUCAAGAAGAUGUUCAGCUCGUCCGGGAAUCAGAAGAAGGUGCUGCUGAUGCCGGUGGCCUUCCGGCGGAACCGGUUGGUCGAAGUGGCGCAGAAACUGAUGAAAUGAGUGCGUUUCUCUCUAGUCUAGAUCAUCAUGAAGAGUAAUUUUUACCGUUUAAAUAUAGAAGAAUAAAACAAUGAGUGCUUGAAGCAUUCGACAAUACACACCCACACACAGUCUACAUUAAAAUCGCUUAGCGAGGAUAGCUUAUCAUCGUUUACACAAAAAAAAUAGUUUUACAUGCAUAUUCCUGGGCGUCGGAUUCUUUGCGGGAGAUGAAAAUGGUGAUAUUUACCCCAGUUAGAAUGUUAUCAUUCGUGUUUGAACUACUCGCAGUUAUUCAAGUGUAUAUUUACAGUUUUGGCUGGUAACCUUUGUAGCCACAUUUUCCCACUUAACCAUCUCCACCAAAAGCAUUCUUAGAUAUCGCAAUAUUUCGUACUUUUGAUAAGUUUGCAGCGACGUUUUGAAAUGAUACUUUACACAAAAGAAGCAAAUCAUACAAAAAAACCCACAUGAGACCAAGUAGGAAACUGCUGUGAAACGCGAUGAUCGACCGACCUCUCGCCGGAGUGCGACGCUGGAAGCAAUCUCUUUUCUAAAUUCUAAUACGGUAGGAAAACACUAUUGUUGCUUAGACUUUACCAUCUAUAUUAAAAUUACGAGUACAAAUACCAAAUCCCAGAGAUAACGAAACAUAAAAGAAAUGAUAAUGAUGUUUAUUAUUGUACCACAAACACAUUCUUUUGAUUCGCUCACGUGAACAUUUUUCUUGCUUGUAUGUGUAUUUUCUACCUAUAUUUUUCUAAGUUUUGUUCUAACAGAAGCAUGAAUAAAUGUAUCGAAAUUAA